ACCCAGAUAGAAUCCCAUCACAUUGUCAACAUAAAUUACGUACGUAAAUAGUCGGUCAGUCGGCUGCCUCUUCAUGGCUGUAUAGCCCAUUCAAAUUUCCUCCAAGAUGCCUCCCGACAUACCGAAACGAAAAGAGUCUCUUCCCCAAUACAUCUCGUCCCAACGAGCACCUCACAUUCGAACGCCUCUCUCCUCUUCAUCAUUCUUCAACACCAAUUUCAAAGCACGAGGACGAAACAUGUCAAACUCAAGGCUACGAAUAGCAUUAUCAAAACCAAUAGUCAGAGUACUGCUGGUAGGAAGCCUGUUGAUCGGCUUGGUGUUACUGUCAAGACUAGGUAACGGAGAAGACGACGGUGCAUGGGACGCGUCGAGCUGGUCAGACCGCCAUGGAAAUGGGAGAACGGUUUCUCCAGGAUCACGAAAAGGAUGGUCGCUAUGGAGUAACACUCCAAAAUUACGGACAGACCAACGCGUACCUCGUCCUAUUCUUACCAGACAGAAUGCCACAUUACCCCCGCCAACCCAUCCUGGUAGAUCACGGCGUCUUAAACCCGGCUCAGAUCCAGAAAAUCCAGAGUAUAUCGAAGGUCCUUUACCGACAUUGGAUGAAGCGUGGGAGUUUUUGCAUCCUCUACUGCGGGAGAUCAAGUCGCGCACACCAUCGGUGCCCCGGGAGCAUGAGUUGACAGAGCCGAUAUUUCCUCCUUUUCUCAAAGAUGAUUUGAAGGAGAGGUAUAGACAUCUGAGGGAUGUGUUUGACGAGAAUACGGGUCAAUGGGUGAGAGGGCCCGAGCGGAGAUGGUUUUUAGUGACGGUAUGCCGUCAAGUUGCUGGUAUGCUUGCUGACUGGUUCCAUGCCUGGACUGUCCUCGCCGACUUCUUGGGCCCCGAAUCACUCGUCUUUUCGCUUUUCGAGGGUGACUCUGCAGACGGAAGUGGUGAAAUCCUCGCAUAUGCUAUGCGUACUCACCUUCUCAACAUCGGUGUGCCCCCUUCCAACAUCCACAUCCAAACCCAGCUUCCAGCCGUAGAUUGGGAUAACCACCAUCGUAUCGAGCUCUUGGCGCAGAUGCGCAAUUCGGGUAUGCAGCCGUUCUAUGACACUGCGGCGACAGGUUUGUCUCCCGACGGCCAUCCUUGGGCAGGUAUCGUGUUUUAUAACGAUGUAUACCUUUCGGCGACGCACUUUUUGGAAUUGAUGCAUCAGCAUUUCAAACAGGAUGCAGAUAUGACUUGUGGAUGGGAUCAUGCGGGCAAGUGGUUCUAUGAUGGAUGGGUUGCGAGAGAUAUGAGUGGAGAUUUGUUCACGCCGUUCCCUGUCAAAGAAGAGGAUAAGGAUCUACCCCAAAAGCUCUUCCCUUCCUCACCCGAAACACUCAAACGCUACAACCGUCUCCUCCCCUUCCAAGUCUUUGCAGCUUGGAACGGUAUCACCGUCAUGUCUCCCGAACCCUUCCUCCCCCCAUACAACGUCCGUUUCCGCCGAGGUACACCUCGCACGAAUGAUUUCUGGGAAUGUCAGGCGUCGGAGAGUUCCUUCAUUUCGUGGGACUUUUGGAAAUAUGGGUUUGGGAGGAUAGCGGUGGUUCCUGGGGUGCAUGCGACGUAUGGGAAGGGGGAUGCGAUGCUGAGGGGUUGGGUCGAAUGGCCGUCAGAGGAGGAUUCGUAUGGGGAAACUAUUUGGUGGAACCCAAACCCACCACAGAGAAUUAGAUGCCAUGACUGGCCAGAUGGACUCGGCAAAGGUUACUGGGCAUGGGAUACUGUUCGUUGGGUCAAACCUCCGAAGCUGGAGAUCCCUUCUGCUUCUGAGACUACAGCUCAACCUUAAAAUCCAUCUGUUUCAAUCUUGUAUCACCUUACCUUGCAGAUGAUCAUUAACAAGGCAGGACGAAGAAAAGAGGAUAGAAGAAUUUCUUUUUUUUGAUGAUUAUAUGAUGUUAAUCAACCAAUUAUCAACAUCCAUCACGCUUUCCAUAAUCAACCGUCAGCAACAUAGGAACGCCAUUUCCAAAAGACAGAUUGGCAUUCGAUGCCGGACUUUUUCUCAUCUUACUGUGAUGAUCACGACGACUGUAGCAAUCAACAAGCAUCAUUUCUUUUCUGUGAUACAUGGCUUAUUCAAUCUGCAGUUUGCCCAAAG